CUGUUCCGCCAAUAUAAAAAGCCUUCUUACAUAAAAAAGACUCAACGAAAAAGCAUUCUUAAGAAGGAAGACCCAAACCAACGAGCUCUCUCUGAAUACUCUCUCUCUCUCUCUACAUAUAUAUAUAUAUUCUUUUGGCGCUGAACGCAAACAACACAACAGAAGCGGCUGCAAACAAUUUCCUGAGUGAGGCUUUCAUUCAAUUUGCACUGAUGGGGCCAGUGAGAGGGAAUAAAAAGAAAAGGAAAAUAGAGAAGAAAGCUGAAGAAAACUCUUUGAUCUCAGGGUCUUCGGAGGAGGGCUGUACAGAGUGGUGGGAAGUUUUGUUAAAGACAAUUGCCGGUAGUCCGUCGUCUUCACAGAUAUUAGACAACUUCAGAUCUACUUUCAAGGUGUCAAGAAAAACUUUUGACUAUAUAUGUUCCCUAGUAAAAGAGCAUAUGAUGGCUAAGACACAUUUUGCAUUCACAAAUGGUAAGCCAAUGACGUUAAACGACCAGGUUGCCUUAGCACUGGUAAGGCUUGGGUCUGGAAACUCGUUGAUUUCAAUUGGGGACUCAUUCGGGGCACACCACUCGACUGUCUCGCAAGUGACAUGGCGCUUCGUGGAGGCCAUCGAAGAGAAGGGUCUUCACCACCUCCAGUGGCCCUCAGCAGAAUCGGAGAUGACACAGAUAAAACAGAAGUUUGAGAAAAUCCGAGGCCUUCCAAAUUGCUGUGGCGCAAUCGACACUACUCAUAUAACCAUGCUGUUGACCUCAUCUGACCAGGAAGCCGACACUUGGCUUGAUCACAAGCAGAACCAUAGCAUGAUCCUGCAAGCAAUCGUCGACCCUGAUCUGAGGUUCCGUAACAUAGUCACUGGGUGGCCGGGGAAGAUGACCGACUCCUCCAUACUCCAGAGCUCGAGUUUCUUCAAACAAUGCCAGAAAGGGGAGAAGUUGAACGGGAAGACAACCCAUUUGUCAGAAGAAACAGAGCUAACGGAAUACAUAGUUGGCGAUUUUGGGUUCCCGUUGCUACCUUGGCUUGUGACCCCAUAUCAAGGGAAAGAACUCUCAAAAGCUGAAGCAGAUUUCAAUAAGCGGCUCCUCGCAACUCAAGCUAUCGCCGAUAGGGCGUUGGCGAGGUUGAAGGAGGUGUGGAAGAUGAUUCAAGGUGAAAUGUGGAGACCGGACAGGCAUAAGCUGCCUCGGUUUAUCCUCGUAUGCUGCAUUCUCCACAACAUCGUCAUAGACAUGGAAGACGACAUCUCCGAUGACUUGCCGUCGACUUUUGUUCACGAUCAAGGAUACACGCAGGAGUUUUGUGAAUCUGUGGACAAAGCAGGAUUGAUUUUGAGGGACAGACUGUCCAUGUAUUUUUCUGGUAGAUAGCAGCUUAACAUUAGUGAACAAAAUCUUGCUUGUGCAACUAGUUUUCCCUUCUAGUCCAAUAUACUGAUAGGUAGGGGGGGGGGGGGGUGUUAUUUAGAGAUUCAAUUUUAUCGUAUUCAUAAAGCUGUUGAGUACUGGGGUAGGCCAGCCAGUCUACAAGACAAGUAUUUUUUUUUUAACGACUUCAAAAUUUUAAGAUCAAGAUUGUUUUAAAAA